AGAGAGAGAGAGAGAGAGAGAAUUGUAUUUAUCCAAGUUUUAAAUUUUUCUUUUAUUGAUUACAUUGUUGACCAUCAAGCAAAAGACAUUAAUGUGGCAUUUAAAAAACUUAAAAAAAACCUUCGAUGUGAUGUAUGAAUAUCUGAAGUUGCGGGAUCAAAUCUGACGUGCCUCCUGCCGUAACUUCACACGCAGCGGCAGCAGCAGCAAUGGCAGCCAGGCAGUGAGACACAUGCCACAACAGUCUGUGAGCCGAAAAACAUUUUCGCUGGGGGCGAGAGACGACACAUAAGCAAAAUGUCUCGGCACAGAAAUGUCCGAGGUUACAACUACGAUGAAGACUUUGAAGAUGAUGACAUGUAUGGACAGUCUGUGGAUGAUGACUACUGCUGUAUAUCACCAGCAACAGCAAAUCAGUUCAUCUACUCGCGUCAAGAGAGGCAAGCACCAAAGGAGGAGCCUUUAGAAGAGGAAGAAUAUGAAGAUGAAGAUGUUCCCAUGUCCCCUACCAUCAGUCACAACCUUGACCCUCUUGAUCAAGCCAAGCUGUAUUCUUGUCUGGACCAUAUGCGAGCAGUGCUGGGAGAUGCAGUACCAGACUCAGUCCUGAGCCAAGCAGCCAUAAGAUAUGGAUUUGAUCCACAGAGGGCACUAGAUGCAGUCCUGUCUGAAGACACUAAAACAGCCCCGGUUAAACGGAGUGCCAAUGAAGAGACAGCUCCAGUAGCAAGAGUUAGCCUGGAGCAAGCACCGCUUCCACAAAGAAUCAAACCAGAGGCCGUGGCUGAAAAAGCAAAAAGCAGAGAUGCAUCUCACAAUAAACUGGACUCCGAAGUGGUGCCCAAAGUGGCUCGCAUGACAGUCUCUGGCAAGAAGCAGACCAUGGGCUUUGAUGUUCCCAGCACAGGGGAGAACGGCGGUGUCACUGCUUCAGUCCGCCGUGGGGCCAGUCCUGAAAAUGCCACCAUAACAGCCACCACAGAGGCCACCUCAAAACGUCCCGAGACCCCAUCCAAAGGGUCAAAUGGAGACGAGCCUUCUGCGGCUCCCACUCCAGGCCGCUCCUCCGGGAAGUCCCGGCAAGCCAUCAACGUCAAGGCUGAGCUGGAGAAGAGACAGGGGGGCAAACCUCUGCUAAAUUUGGUGGUUAUAGGUCACGUGGAUGCAGGUAAAAGCACACUGAUGGGCCACCUGCUUUAUCUGCUGGGCAAUGUCAAUAAACGUACCAUGCACAAGUACGAGCAGGAGUCCAAGAAGGCGGGCAAGGCCUCCUUUGCCUAUGCUUGGGUCCUGGAUGAAACUGGCGAGGAGAGGGACAGAGGUGUGACAAUGGAUGUGGGCAUGACCAAGUUUGAGACCAGUUCUAAGGUAGUGACCCUAAUGGAUGCACCUGGACACAAAGACUUCAUCCCCAACAUGAUUACAGGAGCUGCACAGGCCGAUGUGGCGGUGCUCGUGGUGGAUGCCAGCAGAGGAGAGUUUGAGGCGGGCUUCGAGGCGGGCGGACAGACCAGAGAGCAUGCCCUGCUGGUGCGUUCGCUGGGUGUCACUCAACUGGCUGUGGCUGUCAACAAGAUGGACCAGGUGAACUGGCAACAAGAGCGUUUCCAAGAAAUCACCUCCAAACUUGGACAUUUUCUCAAGCAGGCAGGAUUCAAGGAGUCUGAUGUUUUCUACAUCCCCACCAGCGGCCUGUCAGGAGAAAAUCUCGCCACCAGGAGUUCAGUUGCACAGCUCACCUCCUGGUACUCUGGUCCCAGCCUGCUGGAGCAGAUUGAUGCCUUCAAAUCUCCUCAGAGGUCUGUAGACAAACCUUUCAGACUGUGCGUCUCCGAUGUGUUCAAAGACCAGGGCUCAGGCUUCUGUGUUACAGGGAAGAUAGAGGCGGGUUAUAUUCAGACUGGUGACAGGAUACUGGCUAUGCCUCCUAAUGAAACCUGUACUGUCAAAGGAAUUACCCUUCAUGACGAGGCUCUGGACUGGGCUGCAGCAGGAGACCACGUCAGCCUCACUGUCACCGGCAUGGAUAUCAUCAAGAUCAAUGUGGGCUGUGUGUUCUGUGAUCCUAAGGAGCCUAUCAGAGUCUGCACUCGAUUCAGAGCCCGAAUCCUCCUCUUCAAUAUCGAGGUCCCCAUCACACAAGGCUUCCCAGUAUUGCUGCAUUACCAGACAGUUAGUGAGCCAGCCACCAUUAGGAAACUGAUCAGUGUCCUACACAAGAGCAGCGGUGAAGUGCUCAAGAAGAAACCAAAGUGUUUGAAUAAGGGUAUGAAUGCCAUUGUGGAGAUCCAGACCCAGAGGCCUGUUUCAUUAGAGCUGUACAAGGACUACAAGGAACUGGGUCGCUUCAUGCUGCGAUACGUCGGCUCCACCAUUGCUGCAGGGGUUGUCACUGAGAUUAAAGAAUGAAGGCCCAUUUCCACCAUUGCAGAGCCGGUGAGGCCUCGCUCUGGAGCCUGCAUGCAGCCAGAGACAAAGUGCAAUUCCUCAACGAAAAGUCACUCAUGGAUUCAGAGCGUCACAUUCAUCCAUCCAUCUCUCCACCCAGCGCAGUAGCUGCUUUCACUCGACAGCUCCUAUCAACACUAACUGCACAGAUAACCAACCAUGUGGGGCAGUGAUGUUGAGCACUCAGCUAACCCCUUCAAAACUUGACAUCUCUCUCUUACCAUUCACCUUUCUGCUCUCAAAUCUGUUUGAUCAAGCCAAAUCAAUUAUAUAAUCAGACUCUGGAGGACUAUCCAUAAACAUUGACAUUUCCACAGCUACUAAUUUCACUGUACUCUCCUUGAGGGAGCUCUUGGCUGGUCAUGAAUCUUGACUGAAAGAUUAAAAAAACCUGUUGUACUGUAGCAACCAGCACAGAUAGAUUAGCUGUGGUAUAAGGAUGACAUUUGCUUCCUGCUGUAUUUAAGGAGUGAAAGAACAAGUCCACCUCCUUCACUGUAUGCAAAAUCUAAUACGAGGAAUGAGGAUUCAUCCAGCAUCCAGUUUACACACUGCUGACCUGAAGUACCUAAUUGUAAGUUUAGACAGAAAGGAUAUGAGAAUAUAAUGUUAUGUGGGAGUUGAGGGUAAAAUCCUUAUUUUUUACCAUAAAUAUGUCUGCAUCUCAAAUUACAUAGCUAAGGGGAAAAGGUCUACAAAGAUAAUUAAAUGUUUACUCUAACCAAGGUAGAGUAGUUUGUGAACAAAAAAGGGAAGCUAAAACUUUGUCCUCCAUCUGGAGAAAGAGACAAAAUUCUCAUUUAUGUUGACUAAAGAUUACUUGAAAUGCUUCUAAGGGGAAAGCAGCAUAGUGGUUUUUGAAGGGCUUUUUUUCUUAAUAAGAAAGACUUAGCUGAAUGGCGGGUGGUCAAAGGAGCUGUAUUUCUUUUUUUCCAUGUGUCAAAUGAGACAUGUUGGUGAAGAUGGUGUGAAGAAAGAUGAUGCGAAAUGAACAUGACAUCUCUAGUA